UGGUGCUAGUGUAUAUGAAGGAGAGGGGGAAAGCGCUAGUGCGUCAGUGUAUAAUAUAACAUAACCUCGAUAACCUCUAUGGAUUUGGACUGUGUUGUAUUUGGUUCGUAAUUAGUGUAGUAUUAUAUUUUUUCUCGUAAAAAAAAGAAAAAAGGUAAUUGCAAAGAAUUUUGAUUAAUUAAAAUGCCGUACGCUAAUCAACCAUCGGUCCAUAUUUCGGAUUUAACCGAGGAAAAUGUUAAAUUUCAAGUUGAAGAUACUGAACUAAGCGUUGCAAACAGCAUGAGACGUGUUUUUAUCGCCGAAACGCCGACUAUGGCCAUUGAUUGGAUACAACUAGAAGCUAAUUCUACCGUUUUGAGUGAUGAAUUUUUAGCACACAGAAUUGGAAUGAUACCAUUGAUCAGUGAUGAUGUGGUUGACAGAAUACAGUACACAAGAGAUUGCCAGUGCAUGGAUUUUUGUCCUGAAUGCAGUGUGGAAUUCACUUUGGAUGUUAAAUGCACUGAAGAUCAAACCAGACAUGUAACUACUGCAGAUUUCAAGUCGAGUGAUCCUAGAGUAUUACCUGUCACAUCGAGGCACAGAGAAGAUGAAGCAAGCGAAUAUGGAGAAACGGAUGAGAUUUUGAUAGUGAAAUUGAGAAAAGGACAGGAACUGAAAUUAAGAGCAUAUGCGAAGAAAGGUUUUGGAAAGGAGCAUGCAAAAUGGAAUCCGACUGCUGGUGUAAGUUUUGAAUAUGAUCCUGACAAUUCCAUGAGACACACUUUGUAUCCCAAACCAGACGAGUGGCCCAAAUCAGAGUACACUGAAUUAGAGGAAGAUCAAUAUGAAGCCCCGUUUAAUUGGGAAGCUAAACCAAACAAGUAUUACUUCAACGUGGAGAGCAGUGGGGCCCUAAAACCAGAAAAUAUUGUUAUGAUGGGGAUUGCAGCAUUAAAAAACAAACUAUCGAAUCUGCAGACACAAUUAAGCCAUGAAGUACAAAGCGACGCAUUGAGCAUUCAUCAUUAGAAGUAGAUUUUAGCUUAAUCCAUGUUUACAUAUAAAAUUAAAUGUCUUGUAUUUUAUAAAAUAAAAUAAAAAGAACCUA